AUGGCAGUGGUUGAGAUUCCAGUUAUCGGGCAAUUUUGGAUGUUUCUUAUAUCAAACUGUGCAUCCGUUCUUUGCUCGAUCUUUGUUCUUUAUCAUCUUCUAUUUGAUCGACAACUUCGUCAUAGUUUACAUAAUCAUGUCGUUCUCGUCCUUUUAAUCAUUAAUUUUAUCAUCGAAACUACAGAUAUUCCAUGGCUUAUCUAUUAUUUGAAGCAUGGUGUUAACUGGCUAGUUACGCCAUUCUUUUGUAAAACAUGGAAAUUACUUGAUAUCGCAUUAUAUGAGACAAUAUCAAGACUUGUUGCAUGGGCAGCAAUAGAAAGACAUAUUCUUGUUUUUCAUGAUCGUUGGUUGGCGACGAAAAGGAAAAGGUUUUUUCUACAUUAUUUACCGAUCAUUUUGAUUAUUGCCUAUAAUAUCGUUCUAAAUGUGGCGAUUAUUUAUUUUCUUUCGUGUGAUCGUCCGCUAUAUCCUUCGGUGCCAUAUUGUUAUUUCUACAGUUGUGCAUAUGAUAGUGUAGCAUUCUCUCUGUUUGAAUUGGCUACCAGUGGAAUACUGAACGCAUUUUGUAUUGCUGUCUUUAGUGCUGGUCUUCUUAUUCGCAUUGUAAGACAAAAACUGCGAGCACACCAAGAAGUGAAUUGGCGUAAACAGCGUAAAAUGACGAUUCAAUUACUUUCAAUCACACUAUUAUUCUAUAUUUUCUUUUUACCAGCUGUUAUCACCGGUAUCUUAACUAGUAUUGGGUUUUCAUCGAUUUAUAUGGAUGAAUUCGUGGUUUAUGCACAGUUUUUCUCUUUUUACAUCAAUUUUUUACUUCCUUUUGUUUGCGCAGGAACAUUACCUGAUCUUAAACUGAAAAUUGAAAAUGCAUUAAAAUUUUGGACAUGGCAUAAACGUAUUAAUGCUGUUGUACCAUUUGCAAACAGCACUUUACAACAACGUACGCGAACAAGUACCCGUAAUACUAGGAUCAGUAUAAGAGUACAACCAAAUCAGACAGUGAGAAAUUGA